CCUACUUUACUUUACAGAAUUAUUUUUCUGUCAUCACUUGCACUCGAGGUUAUGAACGACAUCAGGGACUAGGAGAAAUUCGUAUCCCACUCAGAGCAAAUAAAGAAGCUCGAUGAAGGUCGGAUUUCCUUUAAAUUUCUGCUUCAAAAUUCUAUUUUCCGGUUCCCUUCCGCCCUAUUAAAUGAAGGAGAGAGGGUUCCUCUCGAACUUAAGCUUAAGAAACGGAAAGUAAUUAGCUUUUUUCGCUCAUUUCGAAGGGUUUUUUUUUACUCCCUAUGUUCUGCUGCUUCGUUCUUGCGAAAUUCUCUAGCUGCUCGAAUUCCCACUGGAUAUUCUUUGGGAAUGAAAGUCCGAUAAGAAAUGUCGCUCUUUGAGGCUGUGUGUGGACUUGAAUCUCAGCAAAUGUCCUCUUCCAGUGGAGCAAUCGAUGACACUCUUGCUUCUCAACUUGAGCAGGAAGUUUCAAUUGCUCAAGAUAAUUUUGGACCUGCCUUGGAACCACCUGAUUCAGCAGAUCAUUGGCAAAUCUACGCUGAAGGGUUUGAUGAACAUCGGUGGUCAAACCCUCAAAUCCACCCUAUUUUCAACGACGCAUUUUCCCCGACCUCAGGAGAUUCAAGCGAUCAAACAUGGUUUCCAGUGCAUGCGUAUGCUUAUGAAGCAAAUCAAACUGGAGAUGGACACACUGAACAUACUUGGAGGCAGAUACAAAUGGAGGGGAACCAUGGAGACUUAGGGGAACAUGCAGCGACAUCUAGUGCUAGGGGAAAUGCUGGAUAUGCGAUGAACUACCAUAUCCAGGAUUUAGUCAGCCAAGACAGGAUCAAGGCUCAAUCACUUGAGCAUCAACAGCAGCAGCAGCAAAACCACUUGAAUCUCUCAUCAGCAGACCCUGGAUUACCCCACAACCAACAAUCCCGUCCUUUGUUGUACAACUUUGACAGCACCGGGUUGCUUUUGGCCUGUCACACUGCGGAAUCCCGACCUGCAACCCCGUUUCCGACACCCAAUAACCGAGUCAACGGAUUCUCCUUUGUGCAACCCACGUCGUUUCCGGAGCAGCAGCCAGCAUUUGAACCCUCGCCCGUGUCUGGGUUUGUCCGAGCACCUCCGCCAGUGUAUCACGUCCGGCCCAUGGUCCAGGUGGCGAAACCCGUGCCCAGGGCUGUGAUCAUGAACCAAGCUGGGAUCCUGGGACCAUAUCCGGGCCACCAGCACAGCAACCAGUCGUCCAGGUCUUGCAGCCCCAUGUUGCCCAUGUACAGCCCGGGUCACGGCUUGGACCAGCCUUACACCUCGACCUAUUCCGGGGCCACUGCUGCCAAUCACGGCAACAAUAAAAUCACCGAUUCUCUUUUGGCCAAUCGAGCCCUGGUUGAGUACUACAGCGCGGCCCAUCGCAGUUACAGUCAGGUCACGCCCAACUUUGUCAUCGAACCGCCGGACGAUCACUUUGCCUCCAUUCCUUUGAUUGAAACUGGUGCAUUGAAGCUGUCACUUCCGAAUCUCCGAAUGCCUCCGCCAAAGCCACAGAUUCCAUCAAAAGCGUAUCGCAUUUGGAUGGAUGGGAUCAAAUGGAAAACUACUGAACUUGACUUUUGGAUUUAUUUCAUGGCACACUAUGGAUCAGUUCUGUCUGUGAAAAUCCUCAAGAGAAACAGGAGAAAGGACCAUCGCAACGGAGGCGGCGAUGGUUUGAAGGAGAACAUUGACCCAUUGGAUGUUUCGGACGAGGCCUUUGAGAAACUGGACUUCGGAUUCGUGGAAGUCGCUGAAGAAAGCAUCGCGAAGAGAAUCAUUCGUGACCUCGGUGGCUUGGGUUACCGGGUUCGGCACGCGACAGAAUUGCCAAUUGAUCCCAAAGCGGUGCAUCUGAAGAAUUUGCCCAUGUCCAUGGAUUCCAAAGGAUUGGCGGAUUUCAUUCGGUCUCAGGGGUUGGAAGGGAUCGAUACUGUCAAAGUACUGCGACAACCCGCGAAUCGCUUGAGCGCUUCUGCCUUCAUUAGGUUUUUGCUUUGA